UCCGCGGGCGUUUGGGACCCCGCCUCGCAGCGCUGUGUUGGAAUGCGUCGAGACUCGCACUUCCCCGAACAAGUUUAGCUGAAAAGUUAAGUUUUGUGAGCGUGUAAAACUUUGAAAAAGCUUCGCGAAAAGAUCGACAGACGUCGUACAAACGCGGAGGCUGAUCAAGCAUGGCCUCUCAGACAGCAUUUAAUCUCUGUACGGAUGUCUUUGCGACCUCUGGAAAUGCUUCAUUGCCCGAAGAACCUGAAGUAAACUCCAUUCCUGAUACAGAGCUUCCUGCGCCUCAGCUUGUCAUGCUGGCUAACGUGGCCCUAAAUACGGAGUCCCCUCCAGAGGAGGAGAAGCAGAUGGCAGAACUGAAGAACGUCGGAUGCUCUGGCUACUCUGACAGCGAGGACGAGAAUGUUGUACACUACAUCUACGAUGAGAUGACCGAAAAUGUGGAUGAAGGGAGUGAGUUGGAAGAAAACAGUAUAGAAAAAGACAUCAAAACUGUUGAGACAGUACCAACUGACCUUUCAAAGAAAUCGCCUCGCACAGAGGCUUCGACAAAGCCUAAACAAGAUUUUGUUGCUGUGCCAAACUCAGCGAUCAAACCUACUAAGAAAAAGAAGAAGCCGUUCUACUGCAAGCCGUGCCACUUUCAAGCUGAGUGUGAAGAGGAAUUUGUCCAGCACAUCCGCGUCCACAGCGCAAAAAAACUGAUUGCAGAAAAAGCAGGUGGUGGAACAUCAGAUGACGAAUCUAAUCCGGCACAGCAAAAAUCCACAGAAAACUGCGUCAAGGGAGUGAUCUGCUGUGAGCGCUGUGGCUACAACACCAACCGCUACGAUCACUAUGUUGCACACCUGAGGCACCACAAGAACGAAGGGGAUGAGCAGCGAGUGUUCAGGUGCACCAUCUGCCCAUACUCCACUGUCAGCCAGUAUCACUGGAAGAAGCACCUGAGGAACCAUUUUCCCAGCAAGCUAUUCACAUGUGACCAGUGCAGCUACUUCUCUGACAGGAAGAACAACUACAUCCAGCAUAUUCGCACACAUACUGGUGAGCGUCCUUUUCAGUGUGUUUACUGUGACUAUUCGAGCUCUCAGAAGACCCAUCUCACACGGCACAUGAGAACACACUCUGGUGAGCGACCAUUCAAAUGUGACAGCUGCAGCUAUUUGGCAGCCAAUCAACACGAGGUGACACGUCACGCCAGGCAGGUGCAUAAUGGACCCAAGCCGCUCAACUGUCCUUUCUGCCAGUACAAAACAGCUGACCGCAGCAACUUCAAAAAGCACGUGGAGCUGCACGUCAAUCCACGGCAGUUUCUUUGUCCUGUCUGCAAGUAUGCUGCAUCCAAGAAAUGCAAUCUGCAGUACCACAUCAAGUCCAGGCACCCAGGAUGCUCUGAUAUCUCUAUGGACGUGUCCAAGGUUAGGCUGAGGGUGAAGAAGGCAGACGGAGAUGAUUUGAAGUCGCCACCAGAACCAAGAAUGAGGAUUAGACAAAAAGCAGAGGCAUCCGAGGAUGCAGAUUCAAGCGCAGGCCCCAUCAACCUUUCUAUUAAAAAGAGUGGAAAGAUGAAUUUGGAUGGUGAGAGCGCCAAAAAACUAGCAUCUGAACCCGUGAAAGAAAAAGUGUGUGAGAAGAGAGCAGAAAAAAGAGCUGCACCAAGAAACGAAGGAAAAGAAACAAGCAGCAAGAAAGCGAAAAGCAAAGAAACUAUCCCGUGCAUUGAGAAACAAGAUGGAAAAAAAGAGAAGGAGGUGAAAAAAGCAGAGAAGACUCCUAAAUCUGCAGACAAAGUCACUAAAAGUCGUGCUAAAAAAGAAGAAAAGACUGCAAAGGAGAAGAAAGAGACCCUCACCAAAAAUCAGGGUGAUUCUAACGAGGCAGAAAGAGUAGAUCUCGAGAAAAGGCAGCAGAAACAAAGGAUGGAGAAACAAAGGAUGGAGAAGCAAAGAGAUGAGGAGGAAAGAAGAGAAAAAAAGAGGGAGGAGGAUGAAAUGCUGGAAAGGGUGAAGAAAGAGAAUGAACAAAAGCAGAGGGAGGAGGAAAGGAGAGCAAAAGAGAAACAGGAGAAAGAAAGACUUGAGCAAGGAAUGAAGGAGAAGAAGCAGGAAGAAAGAAGAGAAAAAGAGAGGGUGGAGAAAGAGAAAAAGGAGGAGGAGGAGGAACGGAGAGCAAGUGAGAGGCUGGAGAAAGAAAUGAGGAUGAAAGAGCUGAAGCAGAAGGAGGAGGAAAGAAGAGAAAGCGAGAGGGUGAAGAGAGAAAUGAGGGAGAAGGAGAAGAAGGAAGAAGAGGAACAGACAGAAAAAGAGAGGCUGGAGAAGGAAAACAGUUUCCAGAAAAAUGAUGGACAUAAAAGAAAGGUGGAAAAUAGUAAAGGUUCCAAAAAGGCACCAGCCAAGAAAGCAACCAAGAAACAGACAGCAGCAUUGAAUCGUGAUGUGGAGCCUCUGAAUCGUGAGGAAGCCAAACCAAAAAUGGCAAAGCGCAAACUAGCAGAGAAUGUCCACUCUCCUCAGGCAGAGAAGGCCAAACGCAGAAAGGUGAAGGUUGCAAACACCAAACUCAUAAGCAUGAGCACACCUGAACAGGUGAAGAAGUCAAAGGGCAUUGGCAGGCAAAGCAGAAAGGCAAACGUAGCAGCAGCUAAGACGGAGGUCCCAAGCACAUUUAUGGAGACUGAUGAGGCAGCAAAUGCUCUGAGACUUUCUUCUGACCAUGAAAAAGUGCAGUCAAGCCCAGUAAAAGAUCAAAUCUCAACUGAGAAGCUGUCUCACACUUCUGAGGAGCUGAGCAUAACCAAAAAUCUACCAGAGAAGCCGUCUUUAGACGCUGAAGUCACAAGAGUGAAGGCCACCACUGAAGGAAAGGGCACAGUGGAAGCCCAGACAUCUUCAGAUAUUGAUAGUGGGACGGAUAGCCCAACACUGGACCUGUCCAAGCCACCGUGUAGCAAAUCUCAGGAAGGUGAAGAUGACGAGGGCAUCCAUAGCCAUGAUGGAGGAAGUGACAUCAGCGACUGUGCCUCAGAGGUAAGUUACGACUCUGGGCUAAAUGGGAAACAUCCGGAAACACCGACUGAAGAGCUUCCAUCACCCACACAGUUGCUGAGCCACACCUGUGUGUUCUGUGACCGCACGUUUCCACUGGAGAUGGACUACAGGCGGCAUCUCAAUCGCCAUCUAGUUAACGUCUAUUACCUGGACACUGCAACACAGGGGAGCAAGUAGACUUUCAUUUCAGUCAUUUGGGCCCUUUGAAUAUGUUGAGUAGUAACCAGAAUUCCAGAAAUGGACUAAAGUCUGAGUUGACUCUAGUCUAAGGCUUCAGCAUUCUCUAGGGCUGAUGAUGGUUGGAUUUGGCAAAUGCCAUGCUUAGGGGGCAGUCUUCCACCAUUUAACCGUUUUUUUUUUUUUGUUUUUUUUUUGUCAAUUGCCUCUCUCUGUGAGCGUUGAGCUUUUGGGGGCCUGGUUAAAUGUAAAUCGGUGUGAAUGCAGUUAGUAAUUUCUGGCUGACUGGAAUGUAUCAACAUGUGCACCCAAGUAUGAAGAAAAUCACUAUUAACAAACAAAACUUUUGUAAAACUGCUCAGAAAAUUUAGCUCUUUUAGAUCUGUCGAAAAUAUUUGCACAUAACCAAUUUUUUUGUUUAAAAAUGGAUCACUGAAGCCUUUAUUUAAGCAUAGCUGUCUUGUACGGUUGCUUAUUUCAGAUUUGAAAAAAAAAAAAAAAGCUGGGUGCAUAAUUUCAUUUAUCAGACAAAAGUUCUGUGAAAAUUCUCAGAACUGUUACACAAUUUCAUAAUAAUAUCGUUAAUUGAAAUAUCAGCACAUGCGUGCAAUCCUAGGGGAAUUAAUCAUCAUUUGUAGAAACAAGCAGCUGUUUAAUUUUUGUACAAUGCCUGUCCUUUCAUACGUUGAUCUUUGAGCACUCGAGUACAAGCAGUUUGUCCCUUUUCGGCAUCAUAAUUUGGGCCAAAGCUUGUUUAUGUCUCUUGUUCCUGUUGCCUUAAAAGGAAGCUUUUGGCCAAAAAUGGAAUGUACACAUUGUUCCCCUCGGACAGCAUACACUGCUUACUUGUUCGCAACAUCUACUUUGUAGCACAACAAACUACAACUACAUAUGACUUUGGUAGAAAAACAUUUUAUGUCACUCCAGGGUUUUUUUUUACGCAUCUGACAAUCUUUUUUUUUUGUGCUGUUUGUGAACUGAAUUAAGAUUUUUUACCUUGUGCCACUGAUCUAACGUGUGUAAAAAUAGUUCCAUGCUCCAUUUUCAUGGCCAUCUAAAUCUACAUCUGUGCCAUGUUACUUUUUUUAAUAAAAAAAACCCCAGCUUUUUUUGUGUUUGUUUUGUUUGUUUUUUUUAAGUGCAAUAUUGUAUAUUGGAUAUACCAAAGUGGGAAAAACUCCCUUGCCCCACAUCUAACUCACUUUUGUACAAAAAACCUUAGAUUAGAUGGACAGUUUAGAAUUACUGUUACUGUAAAUGACAAAAUGUAACCUAGAGUGCUUUAUAGUUCAUAUUUGCAGAUACUAACAUUGGAUCUAUUGAAAAGUGUUGUGAUUCACUGUACUCGUAUGUAAUAAACCAGUAUAUCAAUAAAAAUAUUGC